ACUUGCUUUGCUGAGGACGACACCGACGACAGCAGCAGCACCGACAAUCGCCUCCUCACCCGGAUUCCGGUUAUUUCUACAUGUCAGUAUGGCUUCCUCGUGCGCCGCCGUCGGUCCUCUUGCGCACCUGUAGUCGCCAUCCGCACCUGUUGGUCAGCGUGCGCACCUACGCUGCCGCCUCACAGCAGUCGCGUCUUCCUCUGCACCCCCUUUACUCUCAACAUGCACCUCUGUUCUCUCAAAAGCUCUUGGACGAAUCGAGGAGGGGCCUCCACUCCAGUUCGUCGCAGCAGGAAGCUUCUCCCUCCACGGCCAGUGAAUCGAAGCCACUCCCGCCUGCGCCAAAAGACGAUGCACCACUCGCGAAGCGCGUAUGGAAGAAGGUCAAGCACGAGGUUCAACAUUACUGGUCUGGAACCAAGCUCCUCGCUGCGGAGGUUCGCAUCUCGUCGCGGCUACAGUGGAAGCUCCUUCACGGCGAAAGCUUGACGCGGCGCGAACGCAGGCAGUUGAAGCGGACGACGCAGGAUCUGCUGCGUCUCAUCCCGUUCGCCGUCUUUGUGAUCGUGCCGUUCAUGGAGCUGCUCAUACCGGUAGUGCUCAAGGUGUUCCCUAACGCGCUGCCUUCGACGUUUGAGGACAAGUUCGCCGCUGAAGAGAAGCAGCGCAAGCUCCUCCGCGUCCGUCUCGAGAUGGCCAAGUUCCUCCAAGAGACGCUUCGUGAGUCCGGCUUGAAGGCGAACGCUCACAUCGUCGGCAGCGAGGCCUUCAAGGAGUUCUUCCACAAGGUCCGGUCCACCGGCGAGUCGCCCUCGGCCCAGGACGUGGUCAACGUCGCGCGCCUCUUCGACGACGACCUCACGCUCGACAACCUCUCCCGCCCGCAGCUCGUCUCGACGUGCCGCUACAUGGGCAUCAACGCGUUCGGCACGGACAACUUCCUCCGCGGCAACAUCCGCGCGCGGCUGCUGUCGCUCCGGAGGGACGACGAAGUCAUCGCGCGCGAGGGCAUCGACUCGUUGAGCACCUCGGAGCUCCAGGCAGCGUGCCAAAGCCGCGGCAUCCGGACGUUCGGCGUGUCUCCCGCGCGCCUGCGCGAGGAGCUCGCGACGUGGAUCGAUCUGCACUUGAACAACCGCGUCUCUGGCGUCCUGCUCGUCCUCGCCCGUGCGUUCCAGUUCGACAAGAAGCCGGGAGAGGACGAGGACGGCAAGACGGCUAUCAUCCGCAGUCUCGAGGCCGUGCUCUGCGGUCUGCCUGACAACCUGCUGAACGAGGCCGAGCUCGAGGUCGACGACCAAGCGAGCUACAAGCAGAAGCUGGAGGUCAUCAAGCAGCAAGAAGAACUUAUUCAGGACGAGCAGGAGCAGGAGCAGCGCGAGGAGGACGCCCGCCGUGCGAAGAAGGAAGAGGAGGCUCGCUUGGCCGAGUCGCUCUUGCCCGAGUCCGAGCUGCAGCCGGAGAAGACAGAGGCGGCCGAGGUCGCCGAUGCACGCAUGACGUCCGAGCAGCUCAAGGAGCUCGCGGAGGCGCUCUCUAUCCUGUCUGCCAAGUCGUCGGUGCUCAAGGAGCGCGACGAGCUGCGGGCGCUGAUGGAAGAGAACCUGCAGGCGGAGGAGGACCCGAAGUCGCCCUCCGGCGCGCUGACGAAGCGUAUCCGGACGAUGCUCGAGAAGAUCGACAAGCAGCUGGACGCGUACGACUCGCGCGUGGGCUCGUCGCUGCAGAUGAUCUCGCGGACGCCGGACGACAAGAUCUCGGUGGAGGACCUGGAGAAGGCGCUCGCGGUGAUCAAGCACAAGCCGGACGAGGAGGUUGGGCACAAGGUGAUCGAGAAGCUGGACGCGGACAAGGACGGGUUCGUUGAGCUCGAGCACGUCCUCGGGCUCGUGCGCGAGGAGGGUCUCGGCACCUUGUUGGACGACGAGGCGCAGAGCCUUAUUGGACAGGGCAGGGAGAUCAAGAACUCGAAGCCGAGGAAGGAGGACAUCGUGCAGGAGUAAUUGGGGCGCGUCGCCCACCGUUCUAUUUACCGUUAUCGUACAAGCUAUAUAUUACUGGCGCGUUAGAGCGUGUUAGACAGCUUUAUGCGGACUGACGGUGUCGAG